UUACCUAAUGAAGGGUUUGAUGAUUCCCGUCUUUUGUGUGGUGGAGCAGUCAGAUGCCUCUCUUGAAUACGAUAAUCGAGAAGAGCAUGCUGAGUUCGUUCUGGUUCGCAAAGAUGUGCUCUUUAGCCAGCUGGUGGAGACAGCGCUCCUGGCUCUGGGGUAUUCCCACAGUUCUGCAGCUCAGGCACAAGGAAUAAUCAAGCUUGGGAGGUGGAAUCCCCUCCCUCUCAGUUAUGUGACUGAUGCACCAGAUGCGACAGUAGCCGACAUGCUACAGGAUGUCUAUCAUGUUGUGACAUUGAAAAUCCAAUUGCAAAGUUGUUCAAAGUUGGAAGACUUGCCAGCAGAGCAGUGGAACCAUGCCACAGUUCGCAAUGCCUUAAAGGAACUGCUCAAAGAGAUGAAUCAGAGCACACUAGCCAAAGAAUGCCCUCUCUCCCAGAGUAUGAUUUCAUCCAUUGUAAAUAGCACAUACUAUGCCAAUGUGUCAGCAACCAAGUGCCAGGAGUUUGGGAGAUGGUACAAAAAGUACAAGAAGAUUAAAGUGGAAAGAGUGGAAAGAGAAAACCUUUCAGACUAUUGUGUUCUUGGUCAACGUCCCAUGCACUUACCAAAUAUCAACCAGCUGGCAACCUUGGGAAAAACUAAUGAACAGUCUCCUCAUGGCCAAAUUCACCACAGUACUCCAAUCCGAAACCAAGUGCCAGCGAUGCAGACAAUGAUAAACCCGGGGCUCCUGUCUCCUCAGCUCAGUCCGCAACUGGUAAGGCAGCAGAUAGCAAUGGCCCAUCUGAUAAACCAACAGAUUGCCGUCAGCCGGCUAUUGGCUCACCAGCACCCUCAAGCUAUCAACCAACAGUUCUUGAAUCAUCCACCCAUUCCUAGAGCUGUCAAACCGGAGCCAUCAAAUUCAUCGGUGGAAGUCUCUCCAGAUAUUUACCAGCAAGUCAGAGAUGAGCUGAAGAGAGCCAGUGUGUCUCAAGCUGUCUUUGCAAGAGUAGCGUUCAACCGCACACAGGGCUUGCUGUCAGAGAUCCUGCGUAAGGAAGAAGACCCUAGGACAGCUUCCCAGUCUCUCUUGGUAAACUUAAGGGCAAUGCAGAAUUUCCUCAACCUGCCUGACUCAGAGCGGGAUCGUAUAUAUCAAGACGAGAGAGAGAGGAGUAUGAACCCCAAUGUGAGCAUGGUGUCUUCAGCAGCCAGCAGCCCGAGCUCCUCCAGAACCCCCCAGGCCAAAACCUCGACACCAACAACAGACCUCCCCAUUAAGGCGGACGGCGCCAACGUCAACAUCACAGCUGCCAUUUAUGACGAGAUCCAACAGGAGAUGAAAAGGGCCAAGGUAUCUCAAGCUCUCUUUGCCAAAGUGGCUGCCAAUAAAAGUCAGGGCUGGCUGUGUGAGCUGCUUCGCUGGAAAGAAAACCCAAGCCCGGAAAACCGCACCCUUUGGGAGAACCUCUGCACCAUUCGCCGCUUCCUGAACCUUCCUCAGCACGAGAGGGAUGUGAUCUAUGAGGAAGAGUCCAGACAUCACCACAGUGAGCGUAUGCAGCAUGUUGUCCAGCUUACUCCUGAGCCUGUGCAGGUCCUGCACAGACAGCAGUCCCAGCCUGCAAAGGAGAAUUCACCACCCAGAGAAGAGGCUCCUCCUCCGCCUGCUGAGGACACUUGUGCCAAAAAGCCAAGAUCCCGUACCAAGAUAUCCUUGGAAGCUCUAGGUAUCCUUCAAAGCUUUAUCCACGAUGUAGGUCUCUACCCUGAUCAGGAAGCCAUUCACACCCUGUCUGCUCAGCUGGAUCUCCCCAAACACACCAUCAUCAAAUUCUUCCAGAACCAGCGUUACCAUGUAAAGCACCACGGGAAGCUAAAAGAGCAUUUGGGAACAGUGGUUGACGUGGCAGAGUACAAGGAUGAGGAGCUGCUGACAGAGUCAGAGGAGAACGACAGCGAGGAGGGCUCUGAGGAGAUGUACAAAGUGGAGCCUGAAGAGGAGAACCCUGACAAAAGUAAGGCAGCCCCAGCGGACAUCGACCAGAGAUAAUGUGAGAUAGGAACGCAGAAAGCAAUACAUUGAUCCAAGGAUUUUCUGUUUUUAUUUUUAAUUUUUCCUCUUUUUACUUUUUGUUUGUUUGUUUCUGAUGCGCAUGAUCCAUGUGCAAACCGAAUGAGUUCAGCAUUGCCCAAUCAAACAUCGCCUUGACACAGACACUGAGUGUUACACUUCCUACAUUUGACUGAAGUAAUCAUUGUAAUCACAUAGGAUUAUGCCUUCAUUAAUCUUGCACUUAUGAAAGGGACAUCUAGCAAGUAAAUGGGAAGAAAAAGUCCUAUGAAAUCAAUGAAGGAAAAUUUACAAUUUUGUGUGUAUAUAUAUAUAUUUACAUAAAAUAUAUAUAUAUUAAAAUUGCAUGGGACAGAACUUUACAACCUGAAAGUAUAGACUGUGAAAUGAGUUCUUUACAGAUGAGACUUGUUUAUGUAUUAAAACCACUUCACAAUGAGUUGCUUUGGCUUUUUGAUAAACUGCCGCCUGCUCUCAGGGUGUGGUGACUAUUUUUGAAUUCCUAUUUAUUUUCUAUGUUUAUCCCUGAUUUUUUUUAUUAUAUGGCUUCCUAUCUGGCAACUCGAUGGGUAAUUUUUGAGGUAUGUAUUUAAAGACGUAAAUCAACACUGCCAAAAAAA